CAUCUGAGUUGAUGACGAAGAAAAAUUUUGCUAUUAAAAGAAAGCCCAGUUUCAUGGAAAACGUAGGAAUAUUAAGCUAAAUGAAAAUAUUAAUGUCUAACCCUUUAAAAAGAGAGACAGUUAAUAUUUCAUAAGAUUGAGUAAAUAUCUUUUUCAGAGAUGUCUGAUGAAGAUGAUUAUAUGUCAAGUGCAUUUCUAGACGUCAAAGAAGAUAUACGUCCAGGUUUGAUUUUCUCUAAAAGUGUGAAGAGGAAACAUGAAAUAGAAAAGAAAAAAGUAGAAUCAAAUAAAUAUUUUAGAACUAAAUCAAUCAAGCAGCUUGAAGAAGAACAUCGAAAUGCUGGUUUAGAAUCUGCACUGAAUUCGGAAAAUAAAGGGUUUGCCAUGCUUCAGAAAAUGGGUUACAAACCAGGUAUGAAGUUAGGUGCUCAAAAGGAUAAUUCUUCUGGUGCUGGAUUAUCAGAACCUAUUAAAGUAAAAAUCAAAACGGACAGAGGUGGUUUGGGUAGCGAAGAAGAAAUUAGAAUGAAAAUCGAGGAACGUGAAAAAAGAAGGGCUGAAAUUAAAGUGUAUAAACAACAAGAAACUGAACUUUUGACAAAGGAAUUUGUGGAAAGAAUGAGGAAUAAAAUAUUUUAUAAACAUUUAAUGAGUGACCUUAGGAAGAGUCAGAAGGUGUGUGAACAACUAGAUAUUGAACAUGAUGUGAAAGAACCUAUGAGAGAUUGGUUUUGGUUUUCACAGGAGGAAGAGCAUGAAUCUGAUGAAGAUUUUGAGGAGGAGGAGGAGGAACAAGAGCUGGAUCCUGAAGAACAAUUGUAUUUUAUAUUAGACUAUUUGCGAUCUAAAUAUUUAUAUUGUUUAUGGUGUGGUAUAAAAUAUGAUAGUUCAGAGGAUAUGGAUAAACAUUGUCCAGGAACAGAAAAGUGUGACCACGAUGAAUGAAUAAAUAUUUUGAUCUUAAUCUAACAUGAUAAAAACAUUUUAAAAUAAUACAAAAAGUUUCUGCGAAUUAAUUUCUGUACCAUGUAUUAUUUGUAUAUAUAAUUUAGCAAUAUUUUUUUCCACCAUAUGUGUUUGAAAGAUUCUGUAGAAUAAAAGUGUAAUAAAUAAAAUGACAGUUUGAUUUUUUAAUUUG